AUGGCCCAGGGAACCAUCAAGAUGACGGGCAAGCCCAAGCCUGCCAAGGCGGUGCACUCGAAGCGCCAGGCAUCCAAGGUGUCCAAGUCUGGCACCACCAAGGCCCAGAAAGUCGACAAGGUGCACAAGAAAUUUACGGCUGGUCUGACGGGGAGAACAGAGGCUCUUCUCGGCGAGCGUGCUGGCCAUUUGGAGCUGAUUGGUCUCGGAAAGAAGUCCAAGAAGGCGAGCAUCAAGGGCGGCACCAAGAAGUUUGGUUAA